UGUUCUUAUUGUCCUCUCCUUCCCCUCUACCAUCAUCGCCCUAGUCCAGCUUAAGCCCACAAUGCUUCAAUAAGCAGAAGUUGCCGAGGGAAACUCUCUUUCAUCCAUCAAUGGCUUCAACAACCCUCCCAUUUCUUUACACUGCCUUGCAGUUACUAACCCUGUUGAGUACUGUCCAUUUCUCUAGGGUUAUAGCUAUAGGUGUGAACUGGGGCACCUCGGCGUCACAUCCUCUACCCCCGGCCCAGGUGGUGCAACUGUUGAAGGCCAAUAAUGUCACUAAAGUGAAGCUGUUUGAUGCUGACCCAGAUGUCCUCCAGGCUCUUGCGGGUUCUAAUAUUUACGUAACUGUUGGCAUUCCCAAUUCUAUGCUUCGUAGCUUGAACUGGUCUCUUAAGGCUGCUGAGAGUUGGGUCCACGAUAAUCUCACCCGCUACGUCUCUGAUGGUGCCGGCUCUGUCCGUGUAGAGUUUAUUGCUGUUGGAGAUGAUCCGUUUCUCCAGAGUUUUGGUGAGCAAUUCUAUCCAUUUGUAGUUGGUGCUGCUGCCAACAUCCAGACAGCUCUGGUCAAAGUUAACCUGGCAAACAAGGUAAAAGUUGUCACUCCGUGCAGCUUUGACGCUUUCCAGUCGGAAUCUGGCCUGCCAUCAAGAGGACAAUUUAGGCCAGAUCUCAACAAAACCAUGGCUGAAGUUCUCACGUUUUUGAACAAGCACAGAUCUCCUUUCUUUGUUGCCAUUUCCCCUUUUCUGAGUUAUCAUCAAAAUAAGAAUGUUUCCCUGGACUUUGCUCUCUUCCGAGAAGGUGCACAUCCCCGUAAUGACAGUCAUAGAUCAUACAAAAACAGCUUUGAUUUGAGCUACGAUACAGUUGUAAUGGCAUUAUCAACAGCUGGAUUCCCUCGGAUGGAUAUAAUCAUUGGGCAAAUUGGUUGGCCUACAGAUGGAGCUGCAAAUGCUACCUCAUCUCUAGCUCAGGUUUUCUUAAAAGGCCUGGUGGACCACCUUGAUAGCAGAUUAGGAACUCCACUAAGGCCUCGAGAUCUGCCAGUGGAGACUUACAUAUUUAGCCUAUUAGAUGAAGAUCAGAGAAGCAGAACUCCCGGAAAUUUUGAGAGGCACUGGGGCAUCUUCACUUUUGAUGGUCAAGCAAAAUAUCAGGUUGAUUUUGUCCAUGGCUCCGGAAAACUCAUAAAUGCACAGAAUGUCCAGUACCUCUCUCCCAAAUGGUGUGUUGUGAAUAACAACAAAGACUUGUCCAAUAUAAGUGCACAUGCUCUGGAGGCAUGUUCUGCUGCGGAUUGUAGUGCAUUGUCACCUGAUGGUUCCUGUUCUGACCUUUCUUGGACUGGAAAUGUUUCCUAUGCUUUCAAUAGUUUCUAUCAGCAGCAUGAUCAAAGUGCAGACAGUUGUGACUUUGGGGGCUUGGGCUUGAUAACUACAGUUGAUCCUUCAGUUGAAAAUUGUCGGUUCAUGAUUGGACUAAGGAAUUCACUCUCAGUGUCCCUUCGCAGGUCUUCUCAGUUCCACUGGUUUAUCUCGCCAGUUGCAACCAUUUUGUUGUGUUUAGUAUGCGUAACCUGGUGAGAUUUUGCUUCAUAGCGUGCAAGUCUAUCUAAUAUAUUUGCGGCUCUCAGACUGCUCUCUCUGCUGUUUUGGAUGUUGGCUGACGCUUUGCAUCAGCUGAUUCUGAGCUUUGUACCUCUCUUUUCUCGAUUUGUAGUGCAACUAAGAUGAUAGAUUAUCCCCUUUACGCUUGGGCACUUCCUGGAAAAAGGGCGUCUUCUGACUUCCCUCGAGUAUAUGCACGCAUUUACAUGGAUACAAAGUAACAAAAAACAAAAGAAGAAGAGAAAGGGGAUGAUUUUGCAAAUUGGCUCCCUUUUUGUUUCCUUCUGGCCUGGCACUCACGUAGAUCAAUUGGAAUUCGUAAACUCAUUGUUGACGGUUGGCCAUUUGGUUCCUGAUUUACCAUGAAUUGGUAUAUACUUACUAUUAGACUUGAGUAGGGUGCAUUUGGUUAAAGGCGUCAUGAUACGUAAUGUCACUGCUGUAGACUAAACCAAACCGUAUAACGGGUGACUAGCAAAGAUUACAUCCUUGACCACCCAACACUUUUAAACAAGUUUUUACUACUGUAAUUUAGAGAGCAAACGAUGGAUGUGCAACCA